AUGGAGCAGCAGGCGCAAUUGCCAAAACCCCACAAGACGAGGACCACCCCCGUAACCACCCGCACAAAGAUUACCCGCCAUGGCUCGCAACCACGCCCCAGCCCGCAACGCCCCACGUCGAGCGGCGGCGAGAUCAUGCUACCGUAUCGCGGAGUCACGCGACGAGCGGAUUCCUACUCACAGCCCACGCCGCUCGAGGAGUUCCGGAAAUUGAGACGCUGGCCGCCGAACUACUUCCGCCUGGAUGGUGAACUGAAUCAGAAGCAGGCAGACGACUUGAUUUGUGCGGGCGCAUCUACCUUUAAGGGAUACUGGGAUGAGAUCACGAAUGCCCCGCCGGGUUAUAACCGCUACUAUGCCGUCAUGAGCUCCGAGCAUCAGGGUCGGACGGAUCGAGCGACCUUCAAACACGCUGCGUACAAGGACAUCUCACUGAACCUGACGGGGGCCGCCGAGAGCCAAUUCCCAUGGCUUUCGCUCGACCAGCCUUGUAUGGGAUAUGCGUUCGGCAAGAGUGCAGGCACGAUAACGUUCAACUACUGGGUCAGCAAGGCCGGGAGCAGCGAUCCCCCGACGAAGUUUGCGGGCGAAGUGAAGCCGCGGAAGCUGAAGCUGCUGCAGAUCCUGGACCGCCUGCAGCAGCUCGAAAGUGGCCUUGAUGAAAACCCCGACGAGCUGUACCGAUAUCUCUACAGCACGCUCAUAGAGGAUCCGGACCGAUAUAGUACGAAGGCGCACUUCGGAAUGGAACAGCAGAUUUCCGACCUCAUCGCAGUCCUGACGCAUCCAAUGUGGAUAGAUUUCUCCAAUCCAAAGAACCAGGUCGUGGCCAAGUUCUUCGAUUCCCCGGAUCAGCAAAAGAAGCAGGAAUUCCUCCACCAACUGUUGCUCUCCGUCGAGCUCUACCUCCGGAUUCAUUCGAACAAGCACUCGGAGAAGGCCAAACGGAAACUAAUGCUACAGCUCCCUCCACCCAUCGCCUGGAACUUAGCCGUCGCGCAGAGAUGGCUAGAGCACAUGACGGUGACGAAAUCACGCACGUCGCCGGGCCAGAGCACAUUCAGCUUUGACAUGAAGAGCAAGAAGCGGCAAAAGGAUGCGCUCCACCACUUCGCCGAGGUCCUGAAGUGGCCCAACAUGGACGAGAUCGAAUACGUGCUAGAGGAGCUCGACAGACACGAGAAGCCGCUCGAGGACCGCUCCGCCGACGCAAUGUCCUGGUUCUCAGGCCUCGUCCUUCCAGGCAGGACACUGCCCUGGCUCAUCAUGAACAGUCUGAUCGAUUGCGACCGAGACACUGGGGAUGCCCUCAAAUACCUGACCCACAUGCAGCCCGCGACAGGAUUCCAAUAUCGAGCAAACACCUACUGGUCCUCGCAAUCCAUCGUGGGAAAGGUUCUAGGCGCCGCCCGCGGCGUCCAACAGAUAGCAGGCUGGAUCGGCCCCUGCAUCUACACGCCAGAUCUGAAGCGCACCGAAUGUGUCCGCCUCCGGCAGUACCAAAGCCUGGAUCCGCGGCUCCUCCCCAAGGACGUAGAGAGCAUGGACAUACGGACCAAUCCUCUGGGACCCGAAGACGUCGCAUAUCCGAUCGCCGACUACGAGGUCCCCAUCCCAGACACAGAAGACGUAACAGACCUGAUCCGCAUGGAGAAGCUGAGCUUCGUGCCCACCAAGGAACAACCAACGAGCCGUCAGGGCCCCGGUGCUCCCUUGCUCUUCGAUGCCGCGAUCUGGUUCGCUUGCGGCGGCGAGAGCUGGCCCAUGAAGCUGAAGUACGAUGUCGAAUUCAUCAAUGCGUUCCCCUGCCACCAGGGUCCUCACGUCCUCUUCUACGACUUCCAAUACACCGCCAUAAAGAUCGACUCAGGCCUCGUCGACAUCCACGACUGGGCCACCCAAUCGGGCCUCUCUCCGCACCGCCUCCCCUCCCUCCGCUCCUCCCCGCCCUCCAAGAAAGCCUCCUCGGCCCUCACCCUCCUCUCGUCCCCCAACGCCCCCCACAGUUCCGACCCCAAUGACCCCGAGUCCUCGUCGCCCGACGAGCUCGCGCACAUGCAGGUCAAGAAAGUCCUGACCAUCGAGGCCCUCGGCGUAUCCGACAACGAGGUCUUCGCCCGCGCCUGGUGCGCCGACAGGGGCCACUCCGCCGUCGUGGCCAACGUCAACCAGACGUGCAUGGCGUGCGCCAUCCGCGAAGCCUACGCCGCCUGCGUCAGCGUCGUCAUUCUCACCGAGGGCGGCAAGGCGAAGGAGAAGGACGAUGACGUUGGGGUGCUGCUUGACGACGACGAUGACUGAUGACUGAUGUAUGUCUCACAUUACAGCACAUCAGUGGGUUUGGGAUUGGACCUUGUUCGCUUUCUUUCUGUCUCAUCCUGUUUCGAAAGGGAGUGGGCGUUCACAUGGAAUGGGAAUGGGAAUGGGGAUAUCGGUCGGUGUAUGUUGGCGUUCCUUUCUAAUUCUAUUCUAUCGUUUACCAUGGGGAUAGUGGAGUCAGUCACUUUUGGUUUUCGGGUCUCUUUUCUCACGUCACGGAUGAGGGGAAGUGUGUUUUCCUUGUUUUUUCUUUUAAACAAAAAAACGUUUGCAUAUGCAUACAUACAUGAUAAACGAAGAUAAAGAUGAGAUGAGGUAGGCGUAUCAUAGCAUCAUCAAUCACAUCACUGAACGAGCUGUAAAGGAAAGGAACGGAACGGAACGAAUUAUACGAAUAUAAACGAAUUGCAUGAAUUAACUCUAUAUUAUUUCU